AGGCUUUCCGCUAGAGUUGCAAUGAUCAUUGGAUUCCACAGCCUUCGCCAAUACCAAGUUCGUCCCAACCAUGGAGGCUUCAUCGCUUUACACUAUCCUUUCUCUAAUUUUCUUCCUCCUCCUCACUCUCAAGCUCUUCUCUUCGUGGUUGAAGCAACCCAAGAACCUCCCGCCGAGCCCGCCUUCCAUCCCUAUCCUUGGCCACCUCCACCUCAUAAAACUCCCCCUCCACCGCACGCUCCACUCCCUCUCCCAAACCUACGGCCCCGUCAUUUCUCUCCGCUUCGGCUCCCGCCGGGUCGUCGUCAUCUCGUCAGCAGAAGCCGCCAAAGAAUGCUGUACUGAAAACGAUCUCGCACUUGCCAACCGCCCCUCCAGCUUCGCCAGCAAGCACCUUGGGUACGACAGCACAGUUCUUACCCUGGCCUCGUAUGGCGACCACUGGUGCAACCUCCGCCGCAUUUGCACCCUAGAAAUCUUCUCCUCCACCCGUCUCAACUCCUUUUUGGCCAUUCGAAGGGAUGAAAUCAAGCGACUCCUGCUUACUCUAAACAAAAGAACCUCAUCAUCUCCCGAUGACUUCACUAAGGUGGAGCUAAGAUCGAUGUUCUUGGAGAUGAUAGUCAACAUUGUUGUAAGGAUGAUGACUGGGAAGAGGUAUUAUGGGGAAGAUGUGACCAAUGUCGAGGAGGCUAGGUCGUUUCGUGAGAUGAUAUCUGAAAUUCUGCAGUAUACUUUCGGUGGUGUGUAUCCAGGGGAUUUCUUGAGUAUUUUGAGGUUGGUUUUCAGGGAUUAUGAGAAGAACGUGUCUAGGUUGAGCAAGAGAUUGAACGAUUUCUUACAAAAUUUGAUUGAAGAAAACAGAGCUAGUAGCAAAAAAGGUGGUGGUGGGAGUACGGACACUAUGGUGGAUCAUUUGCUUUCGUUGCAAGACACGCAGCCCGACUAUUACACUGAUGAGAUCAUCAAAGGGCUAACAAUGGUCAUGAUUGUAGGAGGCACCGACACUUCUACUACGACAAUGGAAUGGGCAAUGUCUUUUUUACUGAGUAAUCCAAAUACUUUAAAAAGAGCUACUGAGGAGUUGGAUAGUGUGAUUGGCCAAGAAUGCUUGAUAGAUGAAACAGACAUUGCAAAACUUCCUUAUCUCCAAAGCAUUGUAUCGGAAACUCUACGUUUGAAACCACCAGCGCCAUUUCUAGUUCCACACAUGUCAUCAGAGGAUUGCACCAUAGGCGGUUAUAACGUACCUCGUCAGACCAUAGUAUUCAUCAAUGCAUGGAGCAUUCAUAGGGACCCGAACUUGUGGGAUGAUCCGACAAGCUUUAAACCAGAAAGAUUUGAAAAUGGAGAUGAUGGGCAAUACAAGUUCUUGCCAUUUGGGCGUGGGAGGCGAGCCUGUCCCGGAGAAGACAUGGCCCAACGAGUGAUCAAUUUAGCUUUGGGAUCGUUGAUCCAGUGCUUUGAAUGGAAAAGCAUAAGUGAAGAAGGAAUUAAUAUGCCUAAGGGGGUGCAGUUGGAAGCCAUGUGCAAACCCCGUAAAAUCAUGGCGAGGAUUGCUGAGCAUUGAGUGGGAGUGAAGAUAUUGCUACUAGUCCGUGUGUGGUGUUUGCAAAAAUAAAUGAUCAGUUGUUAAGAAUUGUGGCGUGUAUGAUAAUGGUUCAAGUCUUAAAGACAAGUUUCGUUCUAUGUUGAUCUAAAUAAAAUAAAACCCUUUUUCGUUUCGU